AUUUAGAUGACAUAUACAACUGACAAACAUAAUACUUGUUUUAAUAACAUUAACAAUGGACCAAGAAGAACCGAACCGACGUGAUGAAAUUCUCAUCAAUUAUCUAAUCAAGAACCCUUGCUUGUGGGACAAAAGCGAUCUCGACUUUAGAAACAGAGGUCUCAAAGAAUAUAAGUGGAAAGAAGUGGCAACGAAAAUGAAUAUGCCAGCACAUUUGGCAGUCCGCCGAUACAAAACGUUAUGUGAAAGGUUUCGCAGGGAGAUGAUUAAACAAUCGUCUAUUCCUGACUAUAAGUCAAACUGGGUGCUGUUUGAGAAAUUUGCCACUUUGAAGGAUAUACAGAGUUCGGAAGACCGCAAACCUAAAAUUAAAACUGAAAUUGAUUUGAUGGAUAUGGCCAAUUAUUGUAAUCGUAACAAUACACAUGAUGGAUUUAUUGACGAUUUUGAGGAGGGAACUAAUAAUGAUCAGUCGAUGAAUGACGCAACUCAGAGAAUCCAUGUCGAUGUAGAACCGAAUUUCAUUGGGAGUACCACUGAUACUAUCGCAAGUUUCUGCACAUUUCUUGAAGCAAGCCUAAAACAAAUGAACGACGAUCAAAGUGACGCACUUAUUGAAGAUAUUUCAAUGUUACUUUUUCGAAAGAAGCGCGAGUUCAAAUCGUCUUCAUCAAGUUGAAAUAAGAAAUUCUCGAACGUUUAUUCUUUCUAUUUUCGAUUAUAUUAAUAAAAUGUAAUGAGGACAAAUAAAUGAUUUUAACGCUAUAAA